AGAACCGUGAUAGUCAGCAGCCUGUGAAACGGGAUGAAGAGUCAAGCCUGGGAAUUACUCCUGGAAUUUGAGGUAUGCUCUUAUCGAGCCACACCACUCCCUCUCAUGUGGAUUUCAUAAACGCAAAAUAUCACAAAGUAUAUUUGCAAUUAUGCGUGGGAGAUUUCAGCAGGUCUUCUAGGACCUAGAAAGACCAUAUCUUAACAUGUUCGCGCAUGAGAUGAUGAGAUUCUAUAGGGUGCAGGACAGAAUUCCUAGGCUAACCUUCCGUGUAUAGCAAAGGGGUUCAGGCCUGGGGGCAGAGCUUGAGGUUCUAUAUCAGAGGGUUACUAAGGAUUUUUCUUUAGUCUCAUAAAUAUAAUACACAUAGUCACAUACUCCUUCCAUCCCGAAAUGAUAGUCACAAAUACUGUGAUUGUCACCCCAAACAAUCUGGAUCUUUGAUCCUGAACCCCUUCGCAUUAAAGCCUUUUAAACCUCAUAGUACUAACUGACUUUUUGUCAAUCCAUAAAAUAUCACUAUCUGCCACUUGAUUGCCGCAAUCUUUGGCAUCUUCCUUCUGUUCUCGCUACUUCCAAGCAUUUACCGUGUACUACGGCAGUGCUGGUUUUCAGCAUUUACUUCGUUCAAUCCGCGCCUCUGUCGUCUGCUCAAAGCAACAGGAAAGAGAAAGUCAAUACAGUUUUGUCAAGUGCACUUAGUUUAACCAAAGAUAACAAUAGCUGCAAUCUGUCAAGCCUUAGACAGUCAGAAAUAUCGCAGCUUGCGAUUUUAUUAACUUUGAAUUUUUAGAGGAUGCACAUGGUACGUAUUUCAACCAUUUCAGAUUGACUGAAUUGCCUUAAGACCAUGGAAGAAACUAUAUUGUUUCUCUACUAGGAGUACUAUACUACUGCUUCAUCAGAUCAGAUUACAGAUAAUGUUGAUUAUACAAAGAAAUAUUAUAUUUUCGAGUAAUCUUGUCUAGACGGGUAUAUAUAGAGAUGCAUACUUCUUCUUUUAGUAGUAAACCCUCACUGAAUUAUCUCCAACAAUGGAAACCCUUAAGAAAAAUUAUCCAACAGUAGUUACCCCAAUUUUCAUCAUAAUAUUGGGUUUAAACAGUAUAUUCUGUCCUCUACUGGUAGAAUCCUGUAAUCCUAUAGAUGAAGAGGCAUUGCUUCAAUUCAAGAGUGGGAUACAGUUUGACUGGUUCCAAAGACUAGGCACAUGGGUCUCUACGACUGACUGUUGCACAGCAUGGGAAGGAGUGAUUUGUGAUCCUGACACCGGGAGAGUAACUCGAGUCAGCCGAGUUGGCUUUGUGGAUAGUGAUUUUGGUGUCGAUGGCGAUUUUGGUGUAAUAGGUACACUUUCCCCUUUCCUUGGCAACCUUACCUAUCUUCAAAGCCUUUACCUAUAUGCUCUAGCUGGGUUAAGUGGUCCAAUCCCUCCUGAACUAGGGAAGUUGUCUCAUUUAACUCAUCUUUCACUAACCUACAACAGGCUAAAUGGUUCAAUACCCGAAUCACUUGGUAAUCUUCAUAAGCUAGAGUCUCUCAAUCUUGGUAAUAAUAGCCUCUCUGGCACUAUACCUUGCUCUCUUUUUCAAUCCUUGAAGUCUCUCUCGACUUUGGAGCUAGAGGGGAAUCAGUUAACUGGCUCGAUACCAUCUUCGAUUUCAAAUCUGGUUUCACUUAACCGGCUUUAUCUUAAUAAAAAAUUUCUUUCUGGUAGGAUUCCACUUAGUAUUGGCAAACUAAAGAACCUCACCUAUAUAGAUGUAUCAAAUAAUUACAUCACUGCUAGUAUACCAGAUUCCAUAGGUAACCUCUCCAAAUUACAAUCAUUAUUCCUCAACCAUAACAACCUUACUGAACCCAUACCGAAUUCUGUAGGUAAACUCUCCCAACUGCAGGAUUUAUAUCUGAACCAUAAUGAAAUUACUGGAAUCAUACCUUAUUCUUCAGGUGAACUUUGCCAUCUAAAGAACUUAUACCUUGACCAUAAUAACCUCACUGGACCCAUACCAACUUCUGUAGGUAAGCUCUCCCAAUUACAGAAUUUAUACCUGGACCAUAACAAGAUUACUGGUAUCAUACCAAGAUCUUUAGGUAAACUCUCCCAGUUGCAGAAUCUUUACCUCGACCAUAAUAGACUCACUGGAUCUAUUCCUUCUUCCAUAGGUGGCCUUGUUUCCUUACAGUUCAUGAAUUUCGGUCACAAUAAUCUGAUGGGUGUGUUACCCUAUUCCAUAGGUAAUCUUACCCGAAUCCAGAGCAUUGUCUUAGAGAACAAUAUGAUUACAGGGAAGCUGCCACCAACUAUGGGGCAUCUAACUGCACUGUCUGAUGUCUUGUUUUCAAAUAACCAGUUUAUCGGUCAAAUCCCUUCGAGUUUUGCCAACCUCAGCCUCUAUACAUUGCAAUUGUCUAACAAUCAGCUCAUUGGUCCACUUCCUCCUGAACUUGCUAAUGGAAGCAUAUACAACCUUGAUUUGUCCUACAAUCCACUUGGGUUGGAGAAAAUACCUUCUUGGAUUUUCAAGCUAAAGUUGAAUAAUCUGACAUUAGCUGGGACAGGGAUCAAAGGGAACUUGCCACAAUCAGUAUCUUCCUUCCAGUAUAUAUCUUACCUUGAUUUAUCGAGUAAUCAGAUCACAGGGAUGCUGCCUUCAUUGAUGGGCAAUAUGGGUUAUCUAAGCUCCCUCAACUUGUCUAAUAAUAGAUUUUACUCUACAAUUCCUGUGGAAUUCAUUAACCUUCAUCAACUCACAGUACUUGAUCUUCACUCGAACAACUUUUCUGGUUCCUUGGGAAUAGUUUUUAACAAAGAAGGCUGGGAGUACACUUCCAUUGAUGUGUCAAGCAAUAGGUUCACAGGUCCACUCGAUGAGAACUUAGGUACCAAGCCAGUAAUGGCACGCAUAUCUUCCCUGGUACUGUCGAAGAAUCCACUGGGAGGAACCAUACCAAAAUCGAUAGGAAACCUGACGCAACUGCAAGUAUUAGAGAUGAUGAAUAAUAGACUAUCAGGAAGAAUUCCACCCGAACUUGGGAAAGCCAAGGAGUUGAUGACGCUUUUGCUAUCAAGGAAUAGUUUGACCGGAAGUAUUCCAAAGGAGGUGUUGAAUUUGGAGAAGCUGCAAUUGUUUGAUGUCUCAAGGAAUCAACUCAGUGGAAGUAUACCUCCUCAUAACUCUAGCAUUCCUGCCUCUGCAUUUUUGCGAAAUCUUGGCCUAUGCGAUGCUCCAUUACCCCCUUGUAAUCGUUUAUAGUUGUAGUAUCAUAUACACUCUGCUUAUCAGAGUAGUUAUAUUAUUUUACUGUUAUAUAGCGAAAGAUGGUUUGCUUAAAGGAAAUGGAAGUAUAUGUUAGCCUGUUGCACCUUUCGCAAGAAUCAAUUGUAUCCCUUUUUACUACUAAGUAAUUUUAUUAUCUAAACUUAACCUGUUUA